UCCCCUUAAACCGGCUUAAGGUGAAUUCCAGUUACUAAGAUAUUGUUCUUCCAAAAAAAAACUGGGUCAACUUUUGACCAAGAGAGGAGCUUGUUGCAUACGACACUAUGUUCCAUUCCCACCACACAGCAACCACAUUCGCGCGCGAUUCAACUUCCGAUUCCUCUGUUUUUGAUUCCUUCCGUUACCAAAGCUCCACCGUACCAAUGACGCACAAACAACGCUUCAAGCGAGUUGCAAAACCCAUUUUACAGUUUCCACGAAUCAAACCCGCACGUAAAACGCGGCUUUCCAAAUCACCCAAACUCACCGCUCCGGAAUUCAACUCUCCAUCAUCAGAACCGCACAUUUCUUUCGAAAAAACGGAAACUUUGCCCCGCGAGUUCUUCCAAAUCGACGCAUUAGACCUUGCCCCUCGUUUACUCGGAAAGUUUCUUCGCAGAGACGACGUCGUUCUUCAGAUUACCGAGGUUGAAGCAUAUAGAUCAAAUGACUCAGCUAGUCAUGGUCGAUUUGGUAUUACUCCAAGAACUGCUCCUCUUUUUGGACCGUGUGGGCAUGCGUAUGUUUAUCUUUGCUAUGGACUCCAUGUGAUGCUGAAUGUUGUUGCUGAUAAGGAAGGAGCUGGAGCUGGUGUUUUGAUACGUUCUUGUGCCCCCGUUUGUGGAUUGGAUGUUAUUCAACAGCGGCGAGGUCAAAAAACGGACAAACCUAUACUUCUUACAGGUCCUGGGAAGGUUGGUCAGGCUCUAGGUCUUUCAACUGAAUGGUCCAAUCAUCCCCUUUAUACUCCUGGCGGUUUGGAACUCUUGGAUGGUCCAGAGCCUGAAAACAUACUGGUAGGUCCACGUGUUGGUAUCCAGUACGCAUUGCCAGAGCAUGUCGAGGCACUGUGGAGAUUUGCCAUUGCAGGUUCCGCUUGGAUUAGUGCUCCAAGAAACACUCUCAGGCCACCCUUGUAGAGUGGAAUGGUAGUAGCUUGAGGAAUACUAGUGUUUUGAUAAUAACUAACAAGUUAAUGUGUAUAUUUAUCUUUGAACUUUGUUAGAAUGUGUCAUAUAGAAUUUUACUCCUAGAGUUACCUCAUAGAAUCACCCAAAAAAAUGCCACAUUGAAGUUACAUUUCUAAGGGAAACCCAAACGCCUUCUCUUAGGUUAUUUAUUUGAGGUGUCAUUGGGCAUUAAAUGCAGGUUUCACAAUGUAGUUUUGACCUGUGAAUCAUUUUGUUGUGAAAAACUAGCUCUUUCUACGAAAUUCAACUAUUGUUGCAUCAA